GGCAGCCGGGCCGAGCCCCGAGCGCCCGAUGGGCCGCUAGGCCCGGCGAGUGGAGUCCCGAGCGCCCGAUGGGCGCCGACGCCAUUUUCCAGGAAGCGAGCGAGCGAGCGAGCGAACGGCCCGCAGGAAGGAGCCCGGCCGCGGCAGAGGCUCCCCGGGGAGCGCCGCCCGCCCGCCGCCCGCCAGGAUGUUUCACGGGAUCCCCGCGGCUCCCGGCCUGGGAGCCCCAGGGAAUAAGCCGGAACUGUACGAGGAGGUGAAGCUGUAUAAGAAUGCACGGGAGCGAGAAAAGUAUGAUAACAUGGCUGAGCUGUUUGCAGUGGUGAAGACGAUGCAGGCUCUGGAGAAAGCUUACAUCAAGGACUGUGUCUCUCCCAACGAGUACACUGCAGCCUGCUCCCGGCUCCUGGUCCAGUACAAAGCUGCCUUCAAACAGGUGCAGGGUUCCGAGAUCGGCUCCAUCGAUGAAUUCUGCCGCAAGUUCCGGCUCGACUGCCCGCUGGCCAUGGAGAGGAUCAAGGAGGAUCGUCCAAUCACCAUCAAGGAUGACAAGGGCAACCUGAACCGCUGCAUUGCCGACAUCGUCUCUCUUUUCAUCACGGUGAUGGAUAAGCUGCGCCUGGAGAUCCGAGCCAUGGAUGAGAUCCAGCCAGACCUGCGGGAGCUGAUGGAGACAAUGAACCGCAUGAGCAACCUGCCCCCUGACUUCGAGGGGCGACAGAAAGUGAACCAGUGGCUGCAGACGCUGAGCGGGAUGUCUGCCUCCGACGAGCUGGAUGACUCCCAAGUGCGCCAGAUGGUGUUUGAUUUGGAAUCGGCCUACAACGCCUUCAACCGCUUCCUGCACUCCUGAGCCCGGCCCGGCGCCCCCUGGAGUGGUGGUUCCAGCUGCCCUUCUCCUGAGAGCCCCGCUGCACGUAUAGCGCUCAGGGCUUGGGCAGGUGCUGGGGGCAGGAGGUCAUGGGUGGUGGGGUUUGUCCAUGCUGUCCCCCGCCCCUCCCCCUUGGGAGGGGCAUUAGCGCUUGGGGCUGUCCGUGUGAAUGGUGCUCCUCCAGCCGGAGCACAGGCAGGCCCUGCCUGGUCUGCGAGCAGCGGGCAGAUCUGUACAAACCUGCGUGAAUAAAGCCCCUCCCGCUGCGG